AUGGCAAACUCAUCGCUUUUCGAGGUCUACCUGCGCCUCCGGCCCGCCACCGCGGGAAGCCGCUUUCUCGAUGUCGAGGAGCCGCAGAACCAGUUCCCCGACCACAUCACCAUCAAGCCGCCGGAGAAUGACCGCCGCAAGAAAGCCAUCGAGCGCUUCGCCUUCACCAGAGUCUUCGAAGAGGAUGCCGCACAGCUCGAUGUCUUUGAAGGCACCGGCUUGAUCCCGCUCAUUGAGGGCGUGCUUGGCCCCGAGGGCCGCGAAGGCCGCGAUGGCCUUCUGGCAACCUUGGGCGUAACCGGCUCAGGAAAGAGCCACACCAUCUUGGGUUCCAAGUACGAGCGCGGCAUGACGCAGAUGGCUCUCGACGUGCUCUUCUCCAACAUUGGCGAUCUGCUCGUCGACCCGGCCACCUCGUCGUCGACCUUCCCGUCCAUUGCCGCCGCCGAUGUCUCCGAAGCACACUUGUUUCCCGCCUCGCUUUACCUCGACACCCUCUACGGGGACAGCCAUGCGACGUCUAGAGCGCAGACACCAGGACUGGUAUGCUCACCAUCAACCACCCCCACUCAUCCCACCUCAGUAGGCCUGUAUCCCAGUCUUGUACAAAAGCUCAGCCAGCUCGGCAAUGAGAAGAUAUCAUCACCUCUCAAAUCACCAUUUCUUAACAUCAAGCCUCUCGUCUCAGAGGGCGUCACCCGCAUCACCCGUAGUGCAGCAGCUAAGAUGAAAUCACCCACAAAGGACGGCAACAGCUCCUUUCUCAGCACCUCUGCAUUCCCAAGCAAGCAACGCCACCAGAUGCCGCGCCUUUCGACCAUGCCCGACCAUCCGUCUGUCGACGACCUCGCCAUCGACGUCGACCAGACAGCCGAGUACGCCAUCGUCGUCUCCAUGUUCGAAGUCUACAACGACCGCAUCUUCGACCUCCUCACCGGUGCUUCGCAGAGCUCCAAGCUCAUGAACGGCGGCCGCCGCCGUGCCCUCCUGUUCAAGCCGACUGAGCAGUCGCCCGACCGCAAGCAGGUUGCCGGCCUCAAGAAGAUCAUCUGCGGCAGUCUGGACGAGGCGCUUAUGGUGCUUGAGACGGGACUGCUGGAGAGAAAGGUCACUGGUACCGGCAGCAAUGCCGUCAGCUCCCGCAGUCACGGCUUUUUCUGCGUCGAGGUCAAGAAGCGCCACAGAGCCACCAGGGGUCCUUGGAGCAGCAGCACCCUGACCGUUUGUGACCUUGCCGGAUCCGAACGUGCUCGAAACGCCAAAACAGCCGGCGAAACGCUGGCCGAAGCAGGCAAGAUCAACGAAUCGCUCAUGUACCUGGGCCAGUGCAUGCAAAUGCAGUCCGACAUCAGUGCCGAAGGCGGCAACAAGCGCAAUGUCGUGCCUUUCAGGCAGUGCAAGCUGACAGAACUACUCUUCUCCAACUCGUUCCCUUCGACGGCCAGCUCGCACCAUCACAACAACAGCCAUCGCAGCCCGCAGAAGGCCAUCAUGGUCGUCACCGCGGACCCGCUUGGCGACUACAACGCCACCUCGCAGAUCCUACGCUACUCGGCGCUCGCCCGCGAAGUCACGGUCCCACGAGUGCCAUCCCUUACGUCGACGAUGCAGCUGGGCACGCACACUCAACAACACCACCGCCCCGGCACCAGCAACAGCGGCCGCAUGACGCCGUCGGUCGUGGCGGCGCUAGAAGAGCAGCUGGACAACACGCUCACCGAGGUGACGCGGCUGGCGGAGCAGCUGGACGUGCUGCACGUGCAGCUGCGCGACGAGCGCGACCGCCGCCGCCAGGCCGAGCGCGGCUGGCGCGCCGCCGAGGACAACAUGGUCGAGGCCGAGGCCGCCCUGCGCGAGGAGCUGUACGCCGAGUACGAAGACCGCCUCGAGCAGCUGCAGCGCCGGUACAAGGCCAGCUGGGACGAGGAGGCCGACCGCUGCGAGGAGCACUGGGACCGCAAGGUCGAGAUCCUGACCAAGGGCAUCCAGGUGCACGAGGACGAAGGAGACGACGACGACGAGGGUGGGCCGGUGGUGGCCGGCGGUAGCAGCAGCAGCAGCAGCAGCAGGGAGCAGGAUCGAGAGCGCAUCGCCGAGCUGGAAGAUGAGAACGCCGCCCUGCGCCGCCAGGUCGAGAUGCUGCGCCGCGAGCAGCAGCUGCGCAGUCCAUCGAAGAGCUACCGCAGCGCCAGCGGCAACACCCGCUUGGGCGCCGCCGACGCCGGCGCUGGGAGCGGCGGUGGCAGCAUCGCGCUGACACCCAAGGUCCAGCUGCCGUUACGCGCGCCGAGCAAGGGGGCCAACGUGCUCCCCGGCGUGAGGAAGCAGCGCGUGCUCGGAAAGAAGCGGUGGGGGAUCGAGAACGACAGCGACCCCUUUGACAGCGACUGA